ACAUAUGCCCUUAGACUAACUGUCCCAUGUACCUAUUGGAGUCCAAAGUUGACUUUACAAAAUAAUUUUGAACCAUAAAGUACUGUGAUAUACGACCAAAUUCAUAUUUUUAUGACAACUUGAUUGAUUAAGCAAUAGCAAAUGCUGUUUAAAAUCUGGUGUACUUCAACUAAUUCUCCUCAAAAUUGUUCCCUUUGCAUGAAACAAAGAAUGGAUUAUGAUAGGGAAAAAGAGCUGAAGGCCUUUGAUGAUUCAAAAGCCGGUGUCAAAGGGCUAAUAGAUGCUGGGGUGGACAAAGUCCCAAAAAUUUUCAUUCGACCACCGGAUGAGCUUGCCGAGGAGUUGAACCGUUGCCAGGCUGGCUUACAAGUUCCAAUCAUUAAUCUCAGUGGUAUUGAAAUAGGAAAUAGGCGUGAGGAAGUUGUCCAUCAAGUCCGAGCUGCAUCAGAGAAGUGGGGAUUUUUUCAAGUGGUGAAUCAUGGAAUCCCCCAAAGUGUGUUGGAUGAAAUGAUUGAGGGAAUACGCAUGUUUCAUGAACAAGAUCCUGAGGUAAAGAAAGCGAUUUAUACGCGUGAUCGGAUAAAAAGAGUGAGAUUCGAGAGCAAUUAUGAUUUGUAUCGGUCAAGAUCUGCGAAUUGGAGGGACACCUUGACCAUCUCCAUGUUGGUUUCUGAUCAUCUUGAGCCUGAUGAAUUUCCCACAUCAUGCAGAGCUACAACAAUUGAGUACAUUAAGAAUGUUACUAGGUUGGGAGAUAUUCUCUUUGAGUUAUUAUCAGAGGCACUUGGCCUCAAACGCAACCACUUAACAGCAAUUGAAUGUGGUCGAGGGCGCACCUUUGUGUGUCAUUACUAUCCAACAUGCCCAGAGCCAGAGCUGACUUUGGGAGCUAGCAAGCACUCUGAUCCUGCAUUCCUCACUGUACUCCUACAAGACCAGCUUGGAGGCCUCCAAGUCAUGCACCAAAAUCAAUGGGUUGAUGUUCAACCAAUUCAUGGAGGUUUGGUAGUCAACAUUGGUGAUCUUCUUCAGAUAAUAUCAAAUGACAAGUUUAGGAGUGUGGAUCAUAGAGUGCUUGCCAACAAUGUUGGACCAAGAAUUUCUGUGGCAUCCUUUUUCAAUGGUGUUUUUGGAACUCCAAAGCUGUAUGGUCCAAUCAAAGAAUUGAUAACAGAAGAAAAUCCUCCUCUGUAUAAGGAUUUUCUGGACCAUCGAAUAAUUCCUCAAAAGAUGUGCUGUUCAAACAUCAGUGAUUCACAGACUUCAUGGUUACACCCUCUUGAAAUUGGACCAUUGCCUUUUGGGAAGGGAAUGGAAUGGUGAAGUUGUGUUUGAAGAUUGAUGGUGAAUGAGGGGCUCAGCUCUGUAUUUAUAGGUUGCGCUUGUUUCCUAAAGGGUCAAGUCAUCCUUUUCCUAAUCCUAAUCAAAGUAGGUAAACUUUAAUCCUAUUUGUAAUAAGUAACAAAAACAGUUUCGGAAAGUGUUGAGUUGUUUACAACUUUUAAACUUUGUUCAACAA